AUGAUCUCUGACGCGCAAUUGAACACCCUGGCUAUAAGCUGCGGUCUUAUUAUGUUCACUCUUAUAGUUGUGUAUCACGCUACCUUGUCGUGGAAACGUAACUGA